ACUGACUGCUCUGCUAGGGGUUAGCUUCGAUGGUACGCGAUGUCGUCGUAGUCGUGUUGUUGAGCUUGAGAGUAGUUGCGGGUUGAUUUUGUUCGUCUCUCGGGAAAAAGGCCACCGGGCUAUGGAUCCAAUAUUCUUCUCUCCGCCUAAUGGAGUCCCGUCAGAAAGCAAAUUGGCAACCUAUAUGAGUCGACAAAACGUUUCGACACCAACGUAUGGGUUGUCCACGGGCCUCAGCAAGCUAACACUAGACUCCCCCAUAUCGAUUAAGAAAACUCAGGUGACCCCCCAGUCGCCAGAAUUCAUUCCAAACAAUCGUCUCAACACAUCAUCAUCACCAAACUUCUACUCGUCGUACUCGAUACUCGCUGGCAGCAACGGAAGUGGCCAAGUCGUCGGAGCUUCCGGCGGCGCUGGCAACGGAAACGCUGUGAUAACGUCCAACAAUGGCACAACGGUGGUGGUGGCAACUCCGGGAAGCACCGGAGGAUCAGUUCCCGGUCCCGUCCCGGUUCAAACCCAGGCAGCACAGCUUUCAUCGGUGGCGACGGCGAUCAUUCCCAACGGUACCGGUGGACUAGCUGGAGGGGGCGGAGGAGGAGGUGGAGGAGGGACAGCUGGAGCUAACGGUAACGGCACCGGUAAUGGGUCCGGCGUUAAAUCCCAAGCCAGCAGCUACGGGAGCAGUAUCCUUGGUAGCUCGCUUAGCAAUAGCUCAACGUAUGCUGUGACGCCCAUCAAGGGGCGAAGUUUACUCCGUAACGAAUCACCACAGAGUACUAAUACAUCUCCUCGAAUUACGCCUCAACCAUCACCACCGCCAAUUACCACCAACAUCCAUCAAGAAAACGUCGGUGGCACGACGUAUUUCUAUCCGACCGCAGCGAACCAUCAAUUAACACCGAGCAGUACAGUUAACACGACUGAAAAUACCUUUGUCCACGUAGCAAGCUCACAAAUUAAUUUAAGUUACUCGCAUCCAGGACAUGUCUACCCGGGACCUGCAUCGCACGUGGUCAACAUGCAAGCGAAGGCACAACUGUCGAUGGCGUACUUCCUGCAGGACGAACUGAGAAACGAUAUUUUAUCUAGGAACGAAAUAGUCAAUAGUAUUGAAACCGAGUGUCAAGAUUUACCUCUAGAAGUGGAGAACUAUCAUUCUUUAUGUCUGCUAGAAUCUUUACCAGUCCAUCCCAAGCUACCGGUACAGUCGUCCACCUACAAAGCAACACACAAUCUAACUGGCGUUAAAUACUGCCUUAGACGUCUUCAUGGUUUCCGUCUCCAGUCGACCAAGUGCAUGCAGAUUGUCGACAUGUGGAAAAAGCUUCAGCACACGAACGUAGUACAACUUCGAGAAGUAUUUACUACGAAAACCUUUGGUGAUAAUUCCUUGGUGAUAGUGUACGACUAUCAUCCCGGAUCGCAGACGUUACUCUCAAAAUACUUCAUCCCGAGCGCAGAAUCUACGAACGGCUAUUCCGAUCCAUUCUCAGGUGAAGUGCGACCUUUUAGCCACAAAAGCGCCCUUCAUCGGGCGUCUACCAGUACGCUCCUACCGGAGAACGAAAUCUGGUCGGUGAUAAUCCAGCUGUCCGCCGGACUGCGGGCGAUUCAUCAAGCUGGACUGGCCUGCCGAACACUGGACCCCACGAAAAUAAUCAUCACUGGCAAGCGGAUACGAUUUAGUUGCGUAGCGAUUUCCGACCUCGCUACGUACGAUCCCAGCCAAACGAACCCGCUGACCGUGGUCAAUCAUCAUCAACAGGAUGAUCUGACGGCCUUCGGCAAACUGAUCCUGGCCCUCGCCUGCCGAAGUUUACAGUCCGUACAGCGAGAUCAGAUCCAGAACAGUAUUGAGCUGAUAUCGCGGCACUACUCGUCCGAUUUGAGGAACAUUAUUCUAUACUUGCUCUCAUCGAGCAAUCGCCGCUCGGUGACGGAGAUCAUGCCGAUGAUCGGUGCCCGCUUCUACGUGCAGCUCGACGCACUGCAAUCCCAAUGUGAUAUCCAGGAGGACGAACUGGCGCGGGAGAUGGAAAACGGCCGGCUCUACCGACUGCUGGUCAAGCUGGGCACGGUCAACGAGCGACCCGAACUUAACCUGGACGUCACGUGGUCCGAAACGGGCGAUCGGUACAUGCUGAAACUGUUCCGAGAUUACCUCUUCCAUACCGUCACGGAAGACGGCCGUCCCUGGCUGAACCAGUCCCACAUCGUGCAGUGUCUCAACAAGCUGGACGCGGGCACCGUCGAAAAGGUUCAGCUGAUGUCGCGUGACGAACAAUCAGUAUUAGUGGUGACUUAUGCUGAACUGAAGCACUGUUUAGAGCAAGCAUUUUCCGAACUGGUAGCGGCAGCCACCGUGUAAUAAGGAGGUUCGCGGCAAACCCCAAGAAAAAAAAAAACGAAAAAACUUAACUUGAGGCUCGAGAGAUGUGUAAUAUUUUUGUCUGUGUAAGAGAAAAAGCGUUUAUGAUGAUGAUGAUACAACAAAUACCACAGCAGCAACAACAACAGUAACACACAACAGGUUUAUAAUGGGAGAGAGAAAGCGAAAGAAUGCAGUUUCUACUACAACUACAAUAGAGGUACGUUCGUGAUCUUAUUUUUAUACACAUACAUCCAAAAACCGGACGAAGAGAGGAAGCAACAUAAAACAAACAAAAAAAC